AUGACUCGUGACAUUACCAAUUGGUGCAAAUGUUGCUUGGAUUGUCAGCAAUCUAAAAUUUCAAGGUACAACAAACUGAGUCCUGCUCAAUUUACCGCACCUGACGCUCGUUUCCAACAUAUACACGUCGAUCUCGUGGGCCCUCUUCCACCAAGAGACGGUUACAGGUUUAUAUUAUCCAUCAUUGACAGAUUUUUCCGUUGUCCUGAAGCCAUUCCUCUGCGUGACAGUACUGCGCACACUGUCGCACAGGCGAUAUUCGACCACUGGAUAUCUCGCUUCGGCGUCCCAUCGAUUUUAACUUCCGAUCAAGGCAGGCAAUUGGAAUAUGACGUGUUUAAAGAAUUUAUGUUGCGUUGGCACAGAGAUCUCAAAGCCGCCUUGAUGUGCAGGACACAUACCCAAGAUUGGGUAACUUCACUCUCCACUGUCCUUCUCGGACUUCGCACUAGAAUUAUUUUACCUGAAGACAUAAGUCCAGCAGAAAUGCUUUAUGGCACAGCUCUGUGCAUACCCGGCGACUUUAUCGGUUAA